CACGUGUUUCCUGUUUUUUGGUGUUUUUGUUCAAAGUCGACGGAAUGGUUUCAUGCUUUCAGUUGUCAUCGAUGCAUGCAUUUUGCUCGAUUGAUGCAGUGUAAACAAAGAAAGACCGAAACCAGUGGACUUUCCGUGUCGUGCCCACCUGCACUCGCAGCUGCGCGAACGUCGCAAAAAUGACACCCAACGGUGCUCGGAUUCGCGCGCAGUCUAGGAAGGAAGUGUACGACAGGCUCCACAAGAUACGCCUGGAACUUGAGGACUUGAGGCGUCAUUGCGGUCGAAGUGACAAGGAUGCUGUCGAGGCCCUCAAGCGGACUUGUAGAGAGCAGGAGGAAGAAAUCGAGCGUUUGAAGAUGGCACACGAGGAAGCACAAGAACAAAUAAAGCACCUGAAGCUACUGCUGUCUGCAAAGGGAGAAGACGAAAUUGAAUUGGUUGAGGCUGAAACUUGCAUUGAUCACAAUGCUAAUUCACAGUUGCUUCAAGGUCAACUUCUGGACAGACUGUGGGCUGCUGAAAAACAUGCUUGGAGCAUGGAAGCUGAAAGAGACAACCUCAACAUCUUGCUUUCAAAAAAGGUGCUUGAACUGAACAGGCUGCAGCUCCUCUACUCUGAACAAUCGAAGAAACUGCUGGAGGCAACUCGAGCCCUUGCAACACCAAGCUCGUCAAGGAACACUUCAAGCUGUGACGUAUCCUGUGUGUGACGUCCGAUGUGUGCAUCUGCUAAUUGUUCAUUUAAAAAUGUGGUCCGUUUGUCCUAAUAGACGGCAGGGAUUAAGUCUCAUUCAUGCAUCUGUUUUCUGGAUUGCAGCAGCCGUGCCAAAUAAUAGUGUCUCAAGGAUUUUAGUGAACUCUACCUUGAUUUAUAUAUAUUUUAUUGGGGAUGGGGGUAAUGUUACUGUUUCGUGGAACAAAUAUUACGAUUGUUGACUGUGUGGGCGGUUUCUGUUGCCCAGCGCAGGACACUCCUCUAUUGUCACACGUAGCUGCACUCUGCCGUCUAUCUUUUGUGCCGCAAAAGUUCAGACCAGCAUAGCAGCAUAUUUUACUCCAACUUUCA